AAUUCUGACGAAAUUCUGAUGCGUCUCGGUUGCGUCAUAAAAUGAUGCAAGAAGAAGAGACCUGGGAUAUAACGAUCAAGAAAAGAAGGAGCGUUAGAGAGAGAACCGGUUGCAUAAAACACCAAUUUCCCCUGGAACUGGACUGUCACAGCCAAUGACAACGAAGGAAAAAGAUCGCAGACACGAGAUUUAUCACUGGGGCAAAUCACAAGGCAUGUGGCAGUCGCCGUUCCCACAAAAGCAGAACGCAGACGACAAUACAGGAGAACACUAGCUCGGCCAUGAAUGUUUUACCGAAAUCUCGUAUAUUAGAACUAAGGAAGCAGCACAUCGGAGAGUCAUGCCCGCUGUUUUUUGAAUCAGAUCCUAUAAAGAUCGUGCGUGCUUGCGGACAGUAUAUGUACGACGAAAUGGGUGAUAAGUAUUUAGACUGCAUCAACAAUGUCUGCCAAGUGGGCCACUGUCACCCACGAGUAGUGGAAGCUGGGACUGAACAGAUGCGACAACUGAACACCAAUACCCGUUUUUUACACGACAACAUGGUGAUACUGGCACAGAGAAUUGCAGCCACUAUGCCAGCUGACCUGUCCGUUGUGUACUUUACCAAUUCAGGGUCUGAAGCAAAUGACCUCGCUCUACGUCUGGCAAUGCACCAUACCAAAAACACGGAGAUUCUCACUCUGGACAGGUCAUAUUUUGGACAUGUGAUAUCUUUGAUCAACCUCAGUCGUUAUAUGCUUGACGUAAUGGUUGAUAACGUUCACAAGCAGCCUGAUUAUGUACACGUGGCGCCUUGCCCUGACAUUUAUGGAGGCAAGUUUCGUGACUGUGACUUCCCAGGAGAAGACAUGGGCAAGAAAUACGCUGAAGAAGUGGACAAGAUUAUUAAGGAAAUACAGGGCAAUGGCAAAAAAGUCUGCUGUUUCAUUGCCGAAUCCAUGCAGAGCUGUGGGGGUCAGAUCAUUUACCCCCCAGGCUAUCUAGGCCGGGUCUACGAGUUAGUAAAGAAAGCAGGGGGUGUGUGUAUUGCCGAUGAAGUGCAGGUGGGAUUCGGGCGAGUGGGUACACAUAUGUGGUCCUUUCAAGUCGAUGGUGUGGUCCCAGACAUUGUAACCAUGGGCAAGCCGAUGGGUAACGGACAUCCCGUUGCAGCUGUGGUUACAACACCUAAUAUUGCUGCAAGUUUUCAGGCCAAUGGGGUCGAGUACUUUAAUACGUUCGGAGGCAACCCAGUCUCAAGUGCUAUUGCACUUUCUGUAUUGGACGUCAUUAGAGAUGAACACCUUAUGGAACAUGCUCUUGAAGUGGGUGGGUAUCUCAAGGCUGAAGCUUUGCGACUGAUGGAAAAACAUCUUACCAUUGGUGAUGUCAGGGGUAGAGGGCUUUUCCUGGGCAUUGAGCUGGUGAAAGACCGUCAAACAAGAGAACCAAAUAACGAAGCUGCAACCUACUUAAUCUUCAGAAUGAAACAGAAACAUAUUCUGCUAAGCCAAGAUGGCCCUCACUGCAAUGUAGUUAAGUUCAAGCCUCCAAUGCCUUUCAGUCAUGAAGACGUGGACCUGGUCAUGAACAAACUAGAUAUGACUCUUAAAGAGAUUGAGACAGGAGAAACGGUCUUUACAGUCCCAACUAAAGAAAGUGGGGCAGCUGUCACUGCUUUAAAAUCUGUUGGCAGAGACAAGGUCUGUGUAUAGAAAUACACUGUGUGGUGGAGACAAUGAGGUACAUGAAUUUCCUGCUACUGUAAGGGUUAUCGUAAAAUAAUAAAACAGUACUUAAAUAGAGAAACUUUAUACUAUUUAGUUACAUUGCACUGGUAAUGCAUGUUUUGUUGAGGCCUUGGGUGUAACAAUAUGCAACAAUAGAAAUUGCUAUAGGGGGACUCAUUUAACCAAUCUUCACUGACUGAAAGCAAUGGUAGACUGGAAAAUUGUAUAUCACCUGAGCUCAUUAAUUAUAAAAGCAACAUAAAUGUCACAAUGGCCCAUAAACAUCAGGCAUUUUUAUAUAUGUGAAGACUUUUCACUGUUAGGCCUGGACAGGAAAAAAAUAUAUGGCAGUAUAAUGAGUA